AUGGCGCUGAAUGGCGGGAUGUACCUGCUGCAGCAGGCGUAUCCAGGGCUGGUCCUCAAGCUCGCGAGAGUGAACCACCUGGUCAGCCAGGGCGAGGUGUGGCGGCUGCUGACGCCCGCCCUGGUGCACGCCAACCUCUUCCACCUGGCCAUCAACACGCUGUCCCUGUACAUGAUCGGGCCCUCGGUCGAGGCAAUCCUGGGGCGCACGCGCUUCGCCGCCGUGUACGCCGCGUCCGCUGUGACGGGCAACGCGCUUUCGUGGUGGAUGGGCUCGACCGGGUUCAGCAUGGCGGUGGGCGCGAGCUCGUCAAUUUCGGGGCUUUUUGGCGCCUAUGGUGCGGCGCUGCUGCGCGGCUGCUUCGUGCACCUGCGGCGCCUGUGCAGCGCGCUGGCGGCGCCACGGGCGGGCGAGCUGCGCGAUGAGGGUGGCGGCUGGGGCGGCGGGUUGGGCGGUGGCGCGCCUAGUGCGCUCUGUGAUGAGAUGAUGGCCUGUGAGGCGGCACUUUUCGAGUCGUCCCAGGAGCUGCUGGAGCUGAUAGGGGUGAGCUGA